AUGAGAAUGCGUCAGCCGGAUACACUUCUUACAAUGAAGGGCUACUGGUCUCCUGCUUGCCCAGCUCUCAUCAAAAGGCUCCUUGCAUACAAGAUUUGUCGUAAUCCAGACUGGCUGCGUAUCACUGUCGGCUAUACCGUGGAUACCUUCUUUGCCCGCCGAGAAUCUUCAGCUUUGGCCCAGGUUGAUACGCCCUGUUGUGGCCAAAUUCCUGCCACCCUGCCACCCUGCCGUAAAAUUUGCUGGGAACUGAAGGAAGCGACGGAGAUCAUAACACCAGUACUGGAAGAAAGGCAACAGAGACCGAGAAGCAGCCAGGAAGCCAAACCAGCCACCAAAACAAGAAAAGACUCCAAUGUCAUCAUGUCACUGCCAGUUUGA